CCUUAGAGAGCAUUUGAGGGAAAAAGAAGAUGACUGGACUUGUAAAAUACUAAUGGCCACAGAUAUUGCUACAGGCUUGGAAUAUAUUCAUGCAGCAAAUAUUGUACAUUGUAAUCCGAACUCAAAAAACAUUUUAAUGCACCAUCCCAACGAUAAAUUGAUGAUUAUAGAUUUUAUGUCUCUUGGAAGUCGAACAGAACUUACUCUCAAAAUUACUGAGGAAAAUAUUGCUUAUGUGGAUCCGAAAUUCUUUAAUCCUACGAACACAAAAAAAUUAAAAACUUUUCUUGCCCUUGAAAAUAGAGAAGAUCAUAUUCAUUUAACUCCUGUAGAUUGCAAAGAGCUUUAUUGUGAUUCAUGGAACUCUGAUCCUGAAAAACGACCAUCAAUUAACGAAGUCAUUAAUCGCCUCAAAGAUAUUGAAUUUGAGUGUGUAUAUCAAGAUUCUAAUUAUAUUCCAGAAAUUUAUUUGGGGAGUUUGCUUAGGAACAGGAUUCGGUUUACGUCGAAAAAUUCAGCAAGUUUAGAGGUUGUUAAAGGGUCUGCUCUAAAUAGAUACAUAUUCCUUCCUCCAGGCGAAAUAUCUAUAGGAAGGGGUAAUUCGAACGAUAUCAUUAUAAAAGAUCAAGAAAUUACUAAACGACACGCAAGAAUUAUUAUAAAUUAUCAGGGACAAGUCGAAAUUAAAGAAUUAGGCUCCGAUUAUGGAAUUUUUGUUAAUGGUGAAAAACUUGGAUUUCGUGCUUCCCGUCUUUUAAUAAGAGAUGACGUGAUUUCAAUGGGACAUAGCGAAUUUCAAUACCUUCCCACUGGAGAAUAUAAAAGCCGCAUGGAUGAACCUUUUAUCAAUGAUCAAAAUGAUCAUAUGGCUGGAGAUUAUACUUUAAAAGAGUUAACUAAUUUGAUUCAAAAUAAUUAUGUCCGGUCUGAAGACAUUUUUGCAAGAUAUGGUGGAGAUGAGUUUAUUCUUCUCAAGGAUACUAAUAAAACGAUGGCCUUUGAAACGGCUGAAAAAAUUCGAGUAGAAACUUGUAACGCCUUACUUCUUCAUGCCGACAACGCCUCGAAAAAAGCUAAAGAAUGUGGUCGCGAUCAAGUAAUAAUAUGGAGUAUUGAACCAAAUUCAACCUUUGAGAAUGAAAAUUGUCUAAGUGAAUCACCUAUUAAAUCUACAGAAGAUGGAAAUAAUCAUAGCAAAUCACUUUCUGCUUCUUCCUCAACAAUGGAUGACGAAAUUGGCAUCACAAUAAUUAAAUCAGAUAAAAGGGAAGAAUGUUAUAUGUAUUUGCCUAGAAAAGAAACUCUCAGUUUUGUUCGAACUAAACUUGAAGAAUAUGAUGAUUUUCAUAUGGGAACUAAUUACCAUUUUACGACAAAAAAUGGGAUCCCAAUUUUACGAAAAGACGAGUCUAAAUUAAAUAAUUUACAAAUUAUUGAAACACGUGAUGAUGAUACCCAUUUUUUGUAUAUUAAAGAAGGAGCAGAAUUCGAUUUGUUACAGUUGAGAAAUGAAAAAGGUUUCAAAUUUGGAUUUGUUCGUGAAGAAAAAGAAUACAAAUGUAAUUAUGUGCCUAACGCAAAUUGUAAACGAAACCUUAUAAUUGAUGAAAAAUUUUCGGCAGCUUUAGAAUGGUUUUGUAAUUCACUUAAAUUAUUUCGAAAAAGCUCUGAACAUGCAACGAAUGAAUUUAUUAAAGAUGUUAAAGCUGCAUUAAAUAAUAAUAAAGAUAUAAUAAAGCAAUUUCGUGACGUAUCAGAAAAGUAUGGUCAUUUUUAUGCGCAUCAUCUUGUUUUGGGAGUGGCUAGAGUUAAAAAUAAAUCACAUAUCAUAAAUUCAGGUGCAUAUGGACUCAAGCUCAGCUCUAUGUUUAGAUUUGGAUUUGAAGUUUUGAAAGCUUUGGGCCAUCGAAUUUUGAAAGCCGGUACUGAAGACAUUCCUUUUAAAUUGAAAAAUUCUACGAAUUCAAUAUCAUCAUCAUACAUACAUAAUUUGUCUCCGCACAUAAGGGAGAUUGGAGAUGUAAAUAAUUACCAAGUUUUUGCAUCAAUAAUGAGUAAAAGUAAUAAAAAUUUGUUUUCUGCUCAUAUAGAUUAUGUGAACAAAGAUAAAAAUACCCCGGUAAUUGUUGUUCACAAUAUUAAAAGGGAAAAUUCCAGUUCUACAAUUUGUUUAGUUAAGCUCGGAUGGAUUAUUGUUGGACCGUUAGCAAACUUUGACUUUAACGUCCAAUUUCCGUUAGUAUUUAAAAGUAUGAAACAAAGUGUGAGACAUAUGGCAAGCACAAAAGAAAAUCAUAGCACCGUAGAAAUUAAUAAUUACAAAACUUGUAUUUUGGGAAUAUGCGCGUCAGAAGCGGAUUCUCAAUCAAGUUCUACGAAUAAUAUUGAUUACACGAGAAAAAAAAUUCUCG